AUGAAUCGUAACACACAGAAUGUGUUUCCUCAACAAGUGGAAGAGUCUUAUUCCUGGAACAAGAACCUGGAAAUCCCGGUGGGUGCCCAAUGUUCCCUCGCGUCCACCGAUAGCAUUUGGAUAUUCUACAGCAGAGUUUCUGAGCAGUGUGAGGAGUGGAGUGAGUUAUCAGAGAGCAGAGAUACUUACCAAGAGACGCGAAUUACUUUAGCCAAGCACUUUCCUCUUUGGUAUCAGUUUGCCCUUGUAGAUUUUCGGUUGAGGUACCCAAACCUCAUCGUCCUCCUCCUCCUCAUCUGCGCCCUGGCCUUUGCUGGAAAUUCCGUCCUGAUUCUGCUCAUCUGGCUGGACUCGCGCCUCCACACCGCCCGCACUUUCUGCUCAGCAGCUGUCCGUCGUGGCCCGUCUCACAUCUCCAGCACAGUCCCCGAGACGGUCAGCGGCCACUUCGCAGGGAGGAAGCUCGUCUCCUACUCAGCCCGGCCGCCGAGCGCAUCUUCCCGACCCUCACGGCCUAUGGCCGUCCUAACCCUCUGCACACGCGGUUCCCAGGAGCCCCAGGGUCUGUCUGAAGAUGGCCGCCUCCGCCUGGAUGGGGCUGUUGUGGCCGCGCUGGUCCACACCAUCCACCCCAUGCACCUUCCUAUCUGCGGUUCCGGGGAGAUCAAUCAUUACUUCUGCGCGGUGCCCGCCAUUCUGAGACCGUCCAGUGUGGACACGCCUGGCUAAGAGACGGUGAGGUCUGUGUCACCGUCACCUUCCUUCUGGUCCUCGUCUUCCUCCCCCGAGGCGCCUGCUCCUCCCCGCUGACCGUGGGAGCCUCUGCUUCGGUGAGCCGUCUUCACCUACACGACGCCCCUUCCUCCCCCACGGCUGGAGACCGGGCAGGAGCCGCGCCGGGCACCACCGUGACCCCCAUGCUCAGCCCUCCUCUGCAGCCCCAGGAACGCAGAAGUGAUUGCAGUUCUGCAGACGAGC